AUGCCUGACGUAGACUUCAACCUGAAGGGCCCCAAAGUGAAGGGGGAUGUGGACGUGUCCCUUCCCAAGCUGGAAGGUGAUCUGAAGGGUCCUGAGGUGGACAUCAAGGGUCCCAAAGUGGACAUUGAGGCACCUGACGUGGACCUUCAUGGCCCAGAAGGCAAAUUCAAACUGCCCAAGUUCAAGAUGCCCAAUUCAGGGAUGCCGGGCUUCAAAGCGGAAGGUCCGGAGGUGGACGUGAACCUGCCGAAGGGAGACCUGGAUGUUUCUGGUCCAAAGGUGCACAUUGAGGGUCCAGAGCUGGAUAUCGAAGGGCCAGAAGGGAAGCUGAAGGGCCCCAAGUUCAAGAUGCCUGAGAUGCACAUCAAGGCCCCCAAGAUCUCCAUGCCCGAUGUUGACUUCAACCUGAAGGGCCCCAAAGUCAAAGGGGAUGUGGACUUGUCUGUUCCCAAGCUGGAGGGUGACUUGAAGGGCCCUGAGGUGGACAUCAAGGGCCCCAAAGUGGACAUUGAGGCACCUGACGUGGACGUCAAGGUCCCAGAAGGCAAAUUCAAACUGCCCAAGUUCAAGAUGCCCAAGUUCGGGAUGCCGGGGCUGAAAGCAGAAGGUCCUGAAGUUGAUGUGAACCUCACGAAAGCGGAUAUUGAAGUCUCCGUCCCAAAGGCGGACAUCGACGUGCCAAGUGUGGACAUUGAGGGUCCCGAUGGAAAACUGAAGGGCCCCAAGUUCAAGAUGCCCGAGAUGAACAUCAAGGCCCCCAAGAUCUCCAUGCCCAACAUUGACCUGAACCUGAAAGGCCCCAAAGUGAAGGGAGGAGCUGACGUUUCCCUUCCAAAAUUAGAGGGUGACCUGAAAGGACCUGAUGUGAAUAUUAAAGGUCCCAAGUUGGACGUUGACAUUCCUGAUAUUGACGUUGAAGGCCCAGAGGGGAAGUUGAAGGGCCCCAAGUUCAAGAUGCCCGAGAUGCAUAUCAAAGCCCCCAAGAUCUCCAUGCCGGACUUUGAUCUGAACCUCAAAGGCCCCAAAGUGAAGGGGGACGUGGACGUUUCUGUUCCAAAACUUGAGGGAGGUUUGAAAGGGCCGGACGUUGACAUCAAAGGCCCUGAAGGGAAGCUGAAGGGCCCCAAGUUAAAGAUGCCAGACAUGCACAUCAAGGCCCCCAAGAUCUCCAUGCCGGACUUUGAUCUGAACCUGAAAGGACCCAAAGUGAAGGGGGAUGUAGAUAUUUCCAUUCCCAAGUUAGAAGGUGACCUGAAAGGCCCAGAGGUUACAGUAAAAGGUCCAAAAGUGGACAUAGAGACACCGGAUGUUGAGUUAGAAUGUCCAGAAGGGAAGCUGAAGGGCCCCAAGUUCAAGAUGCCAGAGAUGCACAUCAAGGCCCCCAAGAUCUCCAUGCCCGAUGUUGACUUCAACCUGAAGGGCCCCAAAGUGAAGGGGGAUGUGGACUUGUCUGUUCCCAAGCUGGAGGGUGAUCUGAAGGGCCCUGAACUGGACAUCAAGGGCCCCAAAGUGGACAUUGAGGCACCUGACGUGGACCUUCAUGGCCCAGAAGGGAAAUUCAAACUGCCCAAGUUCAAGAUGCCCAAGUUCGGGAUGCCGGGCUUCAAAGCGGAAGGUCCGGAGGUGGACGUGAACCUGCCGAAGGGAGACCUGGAUGUUUCUGGUCCAAAGGUGGACAUCGAGGGUCCAGAUUCAAGAUGCGUUGAAGGCCCUGAAGGGAAGUUGAAGGGCCCCAAGUUCAAGAUGCCAGAGAUGCACAUCAAAGCCCCCAAGAUCUCCAUGCCUGACAUUGACUUGAACCUGAAGGGCCCCAAAGUGAAGGGGGACGUGGAUGUGUCUGUUCCCAAGCUGGAAGGUGACUUGAAGGGCCCUGGAAUUGACAUCAAAGGUCCCAAAAUUGAUGUGGACCUUCCUGAUGUUGAGCUGGAAGGCCCUGAAGGGAAGCUGAAGGAAGGGAAAUUCAAACUGCCCAAGUUCAAGAUGCCCAAGUUCGGGCUGAAAGGAGAGGGCCCAGAGGUGGACGUGAACCUGCCAGAGGGAGACCUGGAUGUUUCUGGUCCAAAGGUGGACAUUGAGGGUCCAGAACUGGACAUUGAAGGGCCAGAGGGGAAGUUGAAGGGCCCCAAGUUCAAGAUGCCAGAGAUGCACAUCAAAGCCCCCAAGAUCUCCAUGCCUGACAUUGACUUGAACCUGAAGGGCCCCAAAGUGAAGGGGGACGUGGAUGUGUCUGUUCCCAAGCUGGAAGGUGAUUUGAAGGGCCCUAAAAUCGAUAUCAAGGGCCCCAAAGUUGAUGUGGACCUUCCUGACGUUGAGCUGGAAGGCCCUGAAGGGAAGCUGAAGGGCCCCAAGUUCAAGAUGCCGGAGAUGAAUAUCAAGGCCCCCAAGAUCUCCAUGCCCGACGUUGACUUCAACCUGAAGGGCCCCAAAGUGAAGGGGGAUGUGGACGUGUCCCUUCCCAAGCUGGAGGGUGACCUAAAAGGUCCUGAGGUGGACAUCAAGGGUCCCAAAGUGGACAUUGAGACGCCUGAUGUGGACCUUCAUGGCCCAGAAGGGAAAUUCAAACUGCCCAAGUUCAAGAUGCCCAAGUUCGGGCUGAAAGGAGAGGGCCCAGAGGUGGACGUGAACCUGCCAGAGGGAGACCUGGAUGUUUCUGGUCCAAAGGUGGACAUCGAGGGUCCAGAGCUGGACAUUGAAGGCCCUGAAGGGAAGCUGAAAGGCCCCAAGUUCAAGAUGCCUGAGAUGCACAUCAAGACUCCCAAGAUCUCCAUGCCUGACGUUGACUUCAACCUGAAGGGCCCCAAAGUUAAAGGAGACGUGGACUUGUCUGUUCCCAAGCUGGAAGGUGAUUUGAAGGGCCCUGAAAUUGACAUCAAAGGCCCCAAAGUUGAUGUGAACCUUCCUGACGUUGAGCUGGAAGGCCCUGAAGGGAAGCUGAAGGGCCCCAAGUUCAAGAUGCCAGACAUGAAUAUCAAGGCCCCCAAGAUCUCCAUGCCCGACGUUGACUUCAACCUGAAGGGCCCCAAAGUGAAGGGGGAUGUGGAUGUGUCCCUUCCCAAGCUGGAAGGUGAUCUGAAGGGCCCUGAACUGGACAUCAAGGGCCCCAAAGUGGACACUGAGGCACCUGACGUGGACCUUCACGGCCCAGAAGGCAAAUUCAAACUGCCCAAGUUCAAGAUGCCCAAGUUUGGGAUGCCGGGCUUCAAAGCGGAAGGUCCGGAGGUGGACGUGAACCUGCCACAGGGAGACCUGGAUGUUUCUGGUCCAAAGGUGAAUAUUGAAGGUCCAGAGCUGGACAUUGAAGGGCCAGAAGGGAAAGUGAAGGGUCCCAAGUUUAAGAUGCCUGAGAUGCACAUCAAGACACCCAAGAUCUCCAUGCCCGAUGUUGACUUCAAUUUGAAGGGUCCGAAGUUGAAGGGAGAUGGCCCCAAAGUCGACAUUGAAGCGCCUGACGUGGACAUUCAUGGCCCAGAAGGUAAAAUAAAAAUGCCCAAGUUUAAGAUGCCCAAGUUUGGGUUGUCCGGGUUGAAAGGAGAAGGCCCAGACGUUGACGUAAACCUCCCUGAAGCAGACGUUGCUAUUUCAGGUCCAAAGGUUGACGUUACCGUUCCUGACCUUGACAUCGAAGGACCAGAAGGAAAACUUAAGGGCCCUAAAUUUAAGAAGCCUGAAAUCCAAUUCAAUGUCCCCAAAAUCUCCAUGCCAGACAUCGAUUUGAACUUGAAAGGCCCCAAACUGAAAGCUGACAUUGAUCCUUCUCUUCCCAAAAUUGAGGGUGAGCUGAAAAGUCCUAAACUGGACAUCAAAGGGCCAGAACUUGAGGUUGAGGCACCGAAACUUGAUCUGGAAGGAAAGACUAAAAAACCCCGUUUUAAACUUCCAAAAUUUGGCUUUUCUGGUCCUAAAGUGCAAAGUCCAGAUGUUGACGUGAAACUUAAAAAACCUGACGUUGAAGUAUCAGGGCCGAAAGUUGACGUUCACGCUCCAGAUGUGGACGUCCAGGCCAAAGCCAAAGGGCCAAAAUUUAAAAUGCCUUUCCUGAGUAUUUCCUCACCCAAAGUUUCGAUGCCGGAUGUGGAGCUAAACCUGAAAGGGCACAAACUAAAAGGAGACUUAGAUACUUCCAGCCCCAAGUUGGAAGGGGAACUGAAAGGUCCUGAGGUGGACAUCAAAGGCCCCAAAGUCAACGUUGAGGCACCUGACAUGGAUGUUCAUGGGCCGGAGGCGAAACUCAAAAUGCCCAAGUUCAAAAUGCCGAAAUUCGGCGUGUCGGGGUUUAAGGCCGAGGGACCGGAGGUGGACGUUGGCCUUCCCAAAGGAGAGCUAGAGGUGUCGGGUCCCAAGCUGGACAUGGAAGGUGCUGGUUUGGAAAUCGAAGGGCCGGAGGGGAAGGUCAAGGGCCCCCAUUUUAAGAUGCCGGAAAUUAACAUCAAGGCCCCCAAGAUCUCCAUGCCUGACAUUGACCUUGACCUGAAAGGCCGCAAGGUGAAGGGGGAUGUGGACGUCGCCCUUCCCCAGGUGGAUCUGAAGGGCUCAGAUUUGCACUUGAAAGGACCAAAAGUGGAUGUAGAGGUUCCUGAUGUUGACGUUGAAGGUCCCAAAGGAAAAGUGAAGGGCCCCAAAUUUAAAAUGCCUGAAGUGAACAUCAAAGCUCCAAAUAUUUCCAUGCCGGACUUGGAUUUGAGUUUGAAAAGCCCCAAGACGAAAGGCGGUGUGGACAUCGAUCUCUCAGGGCCGAAACUGGAAGGGCACUUGAGCACACCGGACAUUAGUGUCAAAGGCCCAAAGGUGGACAUUGAUGCUCCUGAGCUGGACAUCGAAGGGCCUGAAGGAAAAGUGAAGGGCCCCAAGUUCAAGAUGCCAGAGAUGCACAUCAAGGCCCCCAAGAUCUCCAUGCCUGACGUUGACCUCAAACUGAAGGGACCCAAAGUCAAGGGGGAUGUGGACGUGUCUGUUCCCAAGCUGGAAGGUGAUCUGAAGGGUCCUGAGCUGGACAUCAAGG